AUGGAGCAUGCAAUCACUCCCAAUGAUCAUAUCAUCACUUCUUAUCGAUGCCAUGGUUACACUUGGUUAAGAGGAGCCUCAAUCAAAUCCAUUUUGGCAGAAUUGAUGGGCCGUGCGGAUGGUGUCUCCAAGGGUAAAGGUGGUUCCAUGCAUAUGUUUGCUCAUAAUUUCUAUGGCGGUAAUGGCAUUGUAGGCGCACAGGUGCCCUUGGGUGCAGGAAUCGCCUUUUCGCAAAAGUACUUGGGCAACCCUUCUACUACACUGGCUCUUUACGGUGACGGUGCUGCAAAUCAGGGCCAAGUCUUUGAAGCCUUCAAUAUGGCUAAGCUGUGGGACCUCCCCGUCAUUUUCGUGUGUGAAAACAACAAGUAUGGCAUGGGCACUUCUGCGGAACGUUCUUCGGCUUCAACCGAGUACUACAAGCGUAGUGAUUAUAUUCCUGGCAUCCAUAUCAACGGUAUGGACAUCUUUGCAGUCAAGCAAGCUGUGGCAUGGGCCAAAGAUUGGACAGUUUCCGGAAAGGGACCUCUUGUGAUGGAAGUGGCUACUUAUCGCUAUGGUGGCCACUCCAUGUCAGAUCCUGGUACCACCUACCGUACGCGUGAGGAAAUUCAAAAUGUCAGAUCCACGUCAGAUCCUAUCUUUCAUCUCAAGAAGGUCAUUGUUGAUCUCGGUGUUGCUACAGAAGCGGAUUUGAAGGAGACUGAUAAAAGAAGCCAAGAAGACAGUGGAUGA